GAUGCUAUAUAUACUCCUCCAUUUCACUCAAUGUGAACCUUAUAGCAAAAUCUCUAAUUAUUCAUACCUAAACUAAUGAUUAAAUUUUUGUUUAUAAGUAAUUAAGCUGAAACUAAUCAGUGAUUAAGCUUAGAGAUUAAGAGGAACGGUGAAGUAGUUGUUGCAUGGCAAAAGGUCUAAAGCCGACGACGACGACGAUGAACCGAAGCGAUCGAUACCUUGGAAGCUACGGCUACGGUGGCAGUCACGGUACUUCCGUAACCGACGAGUUGGAACUCGCCGAGGAAGAUAUCUGGUCACCGCCCGUCAUUCACGACACCUCCGCCGAGACAGACGAAUCAUACCGAGCGUGGAACUUACGCGCUACCUUGGGAAAAAACGGGCGCGUGGGAGGAUUGUCGCUGGCUUUCGAAGGCUCUCUGGUCGCGCCGCCGCAGCAGUCGUCUCCGAUCAUCUUACAGCAGAUAAACGACGGAGGAGAUGAAAACCGGAGAAAACUGGCGUCUUCGGCGCCGGUGAACGUACCGGACUGGAGUAAGAUAUACCGAGUCAACUCGGUUGAGUCGGUACACGAGAUGAACGGCGACGAUGAUGAGGAGGAUGAUGAGGAGUCUAGGAUGAUGAUGCCGCCGCACGAGUACGUUGCUAAGAGUCAAGCACGGCGGAGCAGGAAGAUCGGAGGUGUAGACGGCGGCGCGUCGGUGUUUGAAGGCGUCGGAAGGACUCUCAAAGGCAGAGAACUAAGACGCGUUCGCGACGCAAUUUGGAGCCAAACUGGUUUCUACGGUUAAGUACAAAUUAAACUAAUAAAAUUUUAGACUUUCAAUUAAAAAUUACUUGU